AUGAUUCGAGGUAUGUGUUACAUUAAUGGUGUCUUUAUGAUUGCUAUUAUUGAUAUUGGUGCAACACAUUCAUUUAUAUCUCUUGAUUGUCUGAAAAGGUUGAAUAUUGUGGUGUCUUCUUUGAAUGGUAGUAUGGUCAUUGAUAGUCCAACUAAUGGUUCAGUGACUACUAUGAUGGUUAAUUUGAAUUUUCCUGUGACAAUUUAUGAGGAAGAUUCGAGGUUUAUAUUUUCUAAUCAACUGAAAAAGCUCUUGAAAGAUGAGGCUCAAGUGUUAUCUAUGUUUGCUUCUUUGAAAGUCAAGACCGAAGAUGUGAUUGUUAAACUUCCAAUGGUGUACAGGUUUUCAGAUGUGUUUCCAGAUGACAUUAGUGAUUUUCCUCCAUAG